AUGAAGACUCUCAAAGACCUAGUGAUUAAUAGAAAGGAAUUUAAACCGUGGAGUGAGAAUAUAACAUGGGCCACAGAUGGGACCCUUUACUUAAACACUUAUCCAACAAUAACAGUUGGCCAACCCAUUUUCGUGAAAGAUAUAAAAGGCCAUAGCAAACAUUUAUUUUAUUUGGAAGAACUGAAAGUCGAUUCUGAGAUACCUAAUAAGUUAGAGUUCGAUAUUGCCGAGGAAAACACUUUACUUAAUUCCCAACCAAUAUCAUACACAAGAAGCUGUAAACCAUCUCCUAAUUGCCAUGAUGUAUUUGCUGUUUUGACCACUAAUGGUAAUGUUUUGGUUUGUGAUAAGGGGAAAUGGGGAUGCUAUUUGGAUACACCGGAUACUACACAUGGUCUAGCAUCUAGAAUAUAUCAUUCUAUGGAAUGGAGUCCCGAUGGACAUUAUUUAUUGGCAGGUAACGAGCUUGGUCAAUUGGUUGUUUUUAAAGAAAAUACGCAAGCUGAUGGAAUUGUAUCGUUCGAAUACAACUGUAUAAUAUCAUUGUUACCUCUAAUAGAUCAAAAUUUGUGGGUGACGAACAUAAAAUGGACUGAAGAUGAUACAAUUAUUGCAAUUUUGGAUGAUAACUCGAUGUUUGCUAUCACAUGGGACUAUAGUAACAUACAAAAAAAUACAGUGAUGCAGCUGAUGGCCUCUUCCAGGUUUAAGAUAGUGGAUUUUCAAAAAAUUAAAGAUUAUGUAGUCGUGACUUCGUCGGGGUAUUUCCAUAAAAUUAAUUUAAUAAAAAAUGAAACAUCAUCUUUAGAAAUUGGACCUAAUGAUGGCUAUAAAAUUAUUCCAUUAGGGAAAACGUCCGAUGAAGUUAUUCUGUUAUCAAAUAAAACAUCAUGUAAGUUGAAUUUAAAUGAAGAGUUAAACCUUUUAGUAGAUGAUGUGAUCUCGCCAUUAUUAGAAAAAAGUGUUAAAAAAUGGAACGCAGUUUGGAAUGAAUACAAUAAAUAUGAAACAACAUUAUUCAUAUAUGGUGUCGCGGUUUCUCCAGAUGGUUAUUCACUGGCUAUACUCUAUGACAUUGAAAAAAUAUCGAUGAAAUAUAGAAUCACCUCACAACUACAAUAUAAUAUAAUGUUUAUUCCUUUAAAUACUUCAUGGGAACUUUCUAAUCAAGCAACUGGAUUUGCGAAAUAUCAGACUUACAAUAUAUAUGAUAAAAUGCUACCCACUAACGGAGAAUUGAAUCUUGCAAAAAUCAAUGAGUAUCGUCCAAAUUUUGACACAAAUAUUGAUUUUAAAAGCUAUCUACAACUUAUACUUAAAGAUAAAGUAAUAAAUAAUUUGCUCUUCCUAAAUUUCAUAGGAGAAACUACAUCUAUCUAUUUGAUUAGAAAGCUAAUAUAUCAAUAUGGAUUAGGACAUCAAAACGAACUUGUCAAUGAAAUAGAUAAAGCAGCAUUCCAAUCAUUAUCCUGUGUUUUAGAAGAAGCAUCUUCCAUAAAUGUGGAUCAAGUUACGAUAAAAGGUGAUUACAUUGAGGAGACAUUUGGUUUUAAAGAUUCUACUAACACUAUUAUCUCUAAUGAUGGAAAUACUUGGAAUAGAUGCGCUGCCACACUAUUGCCAUUAUUAACUACAAAAGUGAAAAUAUGUUUGGUAACGAAGACACGCGUUAUUGACAUUACUAGAGAUACUCAAAAUGAAUAUGGUUGGUUCACGAAAACAUUACUAGAAGUAUUUGGCGACACUAGCAUAUAUUGUGGAAGUAAAAUGAAGAGUUCUUGA